AUGAGUACAUGGUCAAAAGUUGCAUAUGGAAAAUCAUCCCAUUGCUUCCCUCGGCCGUCGCCGCCGGUGCCCGAUAAAAAGAUCAUGCAUAGCGCCGCCCUUGAUUGGCACAACGUACAUGUCUCACUACAGGCCCACUGCAACCACUCUGUCGGUACUGCUGGCCGUAAAGGCAUCGACAUACCGACCUUCCGUUUCUGUCUCGUUCUGUGUCUGCAUGAUGCAAUCCUUAGGUGCACUAUCUACGGAUCCUGCCCAGACAGAGAGGGGGAGAAAGAAGGAAAGUCGUCUCUUUUCCACUGCCUCACAAUUCGUGUGUACUCCGAUUUGAGCAGCAAUCAUGCAACUGGGAGGACUUUUUCUCAUGCCAAGCGGGUCUGA